CCAUACUUCCUCUGUUAAAAACACUGUUGCACACUUCUGCAUGCAGACAAUCCGCAACUCAACUCCCCUCAGAAUAUGUGACUCCAAUAACGGAGAGCAAGAUGAUGUGGAUCAAGAUAGCUUCGACUGCCACUUCUCUCUUGCUGUGUUUUCUUGGAGCUCUUUGCAUCGUUGGGGCAGAGAAUGACGUCUGUGUGCCAAGUAUUCAGACAGAAUGCUUUAACACAUCCGACUAUGAGGAUUCUUCUGGUAUGGUCCGUAUCACGAUGCUACACGGUAAGGAGCUGAACAUCAACGUCAACGGCCUCUCUGGUUCUCCUGUCUGCAGGUGGAUCAGAGGAAAUCAAACAAUAAUGACCUCGGACAAGACUCACUUCAUGGUGAUGCCAGAUUCAGGCCAGUACACUCUGACUUGUUCUGGUCACAAUAUGACCAUUUUCUCAAAGACUGUGGUCCUUCAUGUUCUGCAAAAACGUCCCACCAAACCACAAUUGCUGCUGACUAACGUGAAUGCACGAAACAGAUCUCCCCAAUUUUUGUGCAUUUCUGAAGAUAUUUCCAAGCCAGAACUUGAAUGGUCAAAAGGCAACAAAGGUGAAAUUGUUGCUGGUGAAAAGGCAAUGAGCACAGUGUCAACAACUCACUAUGAGGACAAGGAAGUGAUGUGUUGUGCAACCAACACACAAGGACAAGAAUGCACACAACUGUAUGACUAUGACUUCAAUGAAAAGGAAAUUGUCUCUAAUGUGACCCUGAGCCCCGGAGACAGCUUACUGCUUUGCUGCAAAAUUAAGAACUCGAACAAUUAUCCUGCUUGGAGGAAAGACGGGGAACAACUGAACCUGAACUCAUUACAAUGCCAAAAGGACCAAAUCAAAGAGAUGUGCCUGUUAAAUGAUAGGCAUAAUUGGCAGCGGUCCUACCUGUCCAUCCCAAAAGUUAGUGAGAAGCACAGUGGCACCUACACCUGCAGCUUGAACGGCAGGAACAAAUCUUUUCAUGUCCAGGUUUUGGCUGAAGGCUUCAUUUCUGCUCAGCUGGAUGAACGUCUGGACGUGUUAGCUGAGAAAAAAACUGGUGUUUGUUUGGAAGCAAAGCUUUCCUACCACCCUGCACUCCAGCUUUGCUCUUGGCAGGAUCCCGAUGGGAAUGUUUAUAAAUGCACAGAGACUUGGGCAACAAAGCACAGGACUGUGAAAUUUUGUAAUCUCCAAAAAUCGGGAAUCUAUAAGUUAUUUCUUGAAGCUGCAGGAAAAAAGGAAACAAAAGAGAUCAAAGUUUGUGUUGCAGACAAACCAGAAUUCAAACUUGAUAGACGUGAUAAUUCCCUCACCUAUGUGGUUGAAAGUGUCCCACCACUAAACUUCACAUGGCUAUCCUGCGAAUCUUCUAAUGACAGCUGUAAAUCAAACUCAUCCUGGGAGGUGGUUGAAGAAGGCUAUGAAGAACACCCUGAGGAACUGUGUGUCACAAAAAUUAAGAAGUCAUUGAACGGACACAAGGCGGCAGGACCGCUUGUAAAGUUUUGCGUGACAAACUUGCUUAAAAGUUGGUGUGACCAGACGUAUGGGUUGCAGUUGCCAGCUCCUACCCAACCAUCUACAGGCUUUAUCCAUCCUGAUAACAGCUACAUUAUGCCGUUAAAAGUUGGAAUUGGCGUUCUGCUCCUGGCUUUAGCCAUUGUUGUAGUGUCGCUCAUCUUCUUAGUCCAAAAGAAGAAACAGCAGUACCAGCCUCAACUUCAGAUGAUCCAGAUGGUUGGGCCCAAUGACAAUGAUUAUAUCUACAUUAACUUCAAGGACUUUGAGAAUAACAAGAAUUGGGAGUUUCCCAGGGAGAACCUGGAACUGGGUAAAGAACUGGGCUCUGGAGCCUUUGGCAUGGUGGUCCAGGCUACAGCUUAUGGCAUCAACAAGCCAGGAGUGUCUCAGCAGGUUGCUGUUAAGAUGCUGAAAGAAAAACACCAGUCAGUUGAAAAGGAAGCUCUCAUGUCUGAGUUGAAGAUGCUGACUCACAUCGGCCACCACACCAACAUCGUAAACCUCCUUGGAGCAUGCACUGAAAUAGGCCCCAUUUACCUGAUUUUCCAGUACUGCUGUUAUGGAGACCUCCUGAACUAUCUUAAGAAGAACAGCAACUGCUACUACAAGUCUGUGACCGAUGCCUUCAGCAAGGACCGUUUCAAGAACAUUUACUGCAAGAUGCAGUUGAAGAAACCUUCCAGUGAGCCUGUCUCAACCACGGACAACUAUGUGCCCAUGCACGCCUCAACCACCAGGGGGCAGGAGAACAUCGCCCUUCUGUCCAUCAGUUCCUCUGAAAAUGACACCUAUGAAGACCCUGAAAUCUUUGAAAGUGCAGACGAUCAGACGGAGGACCCGCAUGCUCUCACCUUUGAUGACCUGCUUUUGUUCGCUUUACAAGUGGCUAAGGGCAUGGAGUUCCUCUCCUCUAAGAAUUGCAUCCACCGGGACCUGGCAGCUCGAAAUGUGUUAUUGACAAAAGGAAGGAUGGCCAAGAUUGGUGACUUUGGACUUGCCCGAGACAUUGACAAUGACUCCAACUAUGUUGUGAGAGGAAACGUGCGUUUGCCAGUGAAGUGGAUGGCACCAGAGAGCCUCUUUCAGGGGAUAUACACCACGAAGAGUGACGUCUGGGCUUAUGGCAUUCUGCUAUGGGAGAUCUUCUCACUUGGUGUUACUCCGUACCCCAGCAUGAAGGUGGACCACACAUUCUAUUCAAUUAUCGAGAAAGGAUUCAAGAUGGACUGUCCGUACCAUGCCAGCGAGUCUGUGUAUAAAAUAAUGCGCCAGUGUUGGGACCUGGAUCCUUGCAAUCGUCCGUCGUUCUCCAAGUUGGCGUCGUUCAUGGAGGACCAGCUGAUGAACAGAGAAGAGGAGCUGUACCAUAACAUGCCCAACCAGACGGACAGCGACUACCAGAAUGCACAGACGGUUUUGGAUAUUUCUGCUAUGAUAAAAGAGAAUGAAAACAAAGAGUCUGCUAAUGACAUCCAAGCCCACACAACUGAGAAAAGCCAAGCAGAGCCUGGGCCAGCUGAUGAGAAGCUUCUGAUGCCUUCUGAUUCAGAGUGAUCAUAUCUGUACAAUAUUGAUGCUCAGCGUUUUUAUCUGCCUAAUAUAUAUUCCAAUCAUAACAAAAUCAAAAGAAUUCAAAUUUUACUUCUUUUUAUUUACUUUUUGGAUUAUUUUUUCUGCAGAAAAACGUUGGCAGGGAUUUAAAAUGCUGUUCCUUUUUAUUCUUUUUUAAUGCUUAGAGAACAUUUAGAGACAAUUUGAUUAUCUUUGUUCUAUAUAAUUUAUAUUCAAGUAACAUAAAAAACUUCCAGUGGUUCACAAAUAACAUCACCACAAAUUUAUCCAAAGAUCAAACAGAUGAUUUAAAGGGAGAUUGUAUUUUUCUUAUUUAAGUCCUGAUGAAUACACAAUUUUCAUUUUAUUUAUGAAUCUACAUUUUUCAAGUUAAGAAAUUGUACUUAAAAGUAGUAUUUUUAGUCUUGUUCACUAAAGCAUAGCUCUCAAGUAAUAUUCAACGGCAGUAUAUUGUAGCAAACUAUAAAAACUUUUAUUUACAUUUUAUCAUUUUCUUUUAUUACCACUUUGUAGAUUUUUAAUCACAACUUAUUCAAGCCUAAGUUUGUGCUUUUUCAGAAUGUACUUUAUACAUAUUUUAUAAGCUUUUAAUGUUUCUAAAAAAUAUCUACAACUUUUUUAAAGAGCUUCAAACAGCUGAUUGCAAUAAAGUUCAUGUAUUCUUGCAUUAA